AGCAAUUCUGAUCCCCACUCAGAAGGUGGCGGUAAUGCACACCAAAAAGUUGUUUGCCAACCGCCAUAAAACGUCACAAGAAGAAGAAGAAGAAGAAAAAGAAGAACGCUAUCUUAGCUAGCGAUCGAGCUAAUAGGUUCACUGUUUUGAUGUUGUAUUUGUUGCCUUCCACUAUAUUUGCACAACGACUAAAGAGUGUAACUUUACAUAUCCUACAUAAUGGACAGCGAAAUGUCUGACAUUGACCCUGUACCAGGGCCUGAGACUAGCAGUAUGGAGGGAGAGAACGCACCACUGUACUGUAUCUGCCGGAAACCAGACAUCAACUGCUUCAUGAUUGGCUGUGAUAACUGUAGUGAGUGGUUCCAUGGCCAUUGCAUUAACAUCACUGAGAAGAUGGCGAAGGCAAUCCGGGAAUGGUAUUGCAUGAGAUGCAGAGAUAAAAACUCCUCACUGGAAAUAAAAUAUAGAUCAAAGAAAAACCGAGAGAAGGAAGCUGAGCUUGACAGAGGAUCUGACAGACAGUACAGCACCCCGAGUACUCCAGACUAUAAGAGUGAAAGACGGCGUGGAUCUAAAGUGAAGCGUUCAGUCCGAAUGUGUGGGGAAUGUGAGCCCUGCCGAAGGACUGAGGACUGUGCCCAGUGUGACUUCUGCAAGGACAUGAAGAAGUUUGGAGGCCCCAACAAAAUCAGACAGAAGUGCAGGUUUAGGCAAUGUGAGGUUCGAGCCAGGAAAAUGCUGCGUGUGAAGGAUGAGGAAUUGUCUUUGCAAGAAAGGAGGGACAAUUCCUACCACAGACGGAGACGAUACUCCGAGGACUACGACAGUGAAGCGGAGCUCUACCAGCAGUACAAGGCAGCAGGGCUGAAAAACAACAUGGCAUGGAAUAGUGAUGAAGAUGAUGAGCCGCCUUUCAGUCCUGUCAUGCGUAAAAAAGCUGUGAAGGUGAAGCACGUGAAGAGACGAGAAAAGAAGUUUGACAAGAAAAAAGAGUCUCGACGCCACAAACAGAAGCAGAAGCACAAAGACAGAACCAGGUACAGUGAGAGGAGCGACCUCCGAGACAGCACCGGACAGCGUCAGUGUCUUGGGCCAAGCUGUGUGGAGGCAGCGAGACCCAACUCCAAAUACUGCUCUGAGGACUGUGGCAUGAAGUUAGCUGCCAACCGGAUCUAUGAGAUCCUCCCUCAGCGUAUCCAGCAGUGGCAGCAGAGUCCCUGCAUAGCUGAGGAGCACGGUAAGAAGCAGCUGGAGCGCAUCCGUCGGGAACAGCAGAACGCCCGGCUGCGCCUCACGGAGAUGGAGCGACGCUUCCACGAACUGGAAGGCAUCAUCGCCAAGGCCAAGCAGCAGGCAGUUCAGCAGGAUGAGGAGGUGAAUGAGGGCGACAGCGAGGACACAGACCUGCAGAUUUUCUGUGUGUCUUGUAGUCAUCCCAUCAAUCCAAAAGUGGCACUGAGACAUAUGGAGAGAUGUUACGCAAAGUAUGAGAGUCAGACUUCCUUUGGUUCCAUGUACCCUACAAGGAUAGAAGGAGCGACUAGACUCUUCUGUGAUGUGUACAAUCCCCAAAGCAAAACAUAUUGUAAGAGGCUUCAGGUUUUGUGUCCAGAACAUUCCAGAGAUCCUAAGAUCCCAGUGGAUGAGGUGUGUGGAUGCCCUCUGGUGAAAAAUGUGUUUGAGCUGACCGGAGACUACUGCAGGGUCUCAAAAAGGAAAUGCAACAAACAUUACAACUGGGAAAAGCUUAGAAGAGCAGAAGUGGACUUGGAGCGAGUCAGGGUGUGGUACAAGUUGGAUGAGCUCUUUGAGCAGGAGCGUAAUGUCAGGACUGCAAUGACCAACAGAGCUGGUCUGCUCGCUCUGAUGUUGCACCAAACUAUUCAGCACGACCCCGUGACGACCGAUCUCCGUAGCAACAAGGACAGGUAGUCUUGUUCUCGGAGCUGUGGAUCACUGUACAUAACAUGAGAUUUGAGUGUUAAGGAUUUAAACUACCAUUGAAUGAAUUCAGAUUUUCUAACUAGAUAUUAUUUUAAAAUGUUUGUAUGAUAGUGAACUGUAAGAGGUAAAUGAAUAUAUAUUUUCCUGACUGUGGUAGAUCAACUGCUGCUUAUUGAAAACAGCUGUUUUUGGUUUGAUUGCCCUCAAUAAACACCUUAAACUUGUUUUGGGUUA